AUGAAGACUCUAUAAAUUGAAAAGAUCAGAGAACUUAUGAUGAACCCUAAUUAAAUCAGAAAUAUGUCUGUUAUAGCUCACGUAGAUCAUGGAAAGACUACUCUUACAGACUCCUUGCUUGCUAGAGCUGGAAUUAUUUCUGAAAAUAAUGCUGGAAAAGCUUGCAUGAUGGACACUGAUCCUAAAGAACAAGAAAUGGGUAUCACUAUUAAGUCUACAGGAGUUUCUUUGUAUUAUUAAAAUACAGUAAAUAAGCAAGAAAGCAUCAUUAAUUUGAUUGAUUCCCCAGGGCAUAUAGAUUUUUCUGGAGAAGUUACUGCUGCUUUAAGAGUUACCGAUGGAGCUCUCGUUGUUGUAGAUGCUGUUGAAGGAGUUGCUGUUUAAACGGAAACUGUUCUGAGGUAGGCUUGUCAAGAAAGAAUAAGACCUGUACUCGUAAUUAAUAAGUUGGAUAGGCUUUUUAGUGAACUUAAAGAUGAUUAUGAAAAUAUUUAUCAAAGACUUAUUAAAAUUAUAGCUAAGGUUAAUUCAAUAUUAGAAAUGCACGAAAAUGACUCUAUUAAAAAUUACACUUUAGAUCCUUCUUUAGGCAAUGUUGCUUUUUCUUCAGGUAAACAAUGUUGGGGAUUCACUUUGAAAACUUUUGCAAGAAUUUACAGCUAAAAAUUCUCAACAAAAGAGGAUAUUUUAAUGAAUAAACUUUGGGGUGAUAAUUACUUUAAUCCAUAAACCAAGUCUUUCACUUAAGAUGCACAUUUAAUAAAUAAUGAAGGUAAGAAGGCACAGCGCUCUUUUAUAGAAUUCGUUUUAGCUCCUUUAGAUAAAUACUAUUCUGCUUCUUCAAAUGCAGAUAUUGAGACUCUUUCGAAAAUGGUAGAAAAGCUUCAUAUUUCUACUAUUUUGACUACUGCAGAGUUAGAUAGACUCAAAUAAUUAGAAGUUUAAGAAAGAAUUAAGAAAUCUAUGAGAGCUUGGCUACCUCUAGCUGAUGCAAUUCUCGAAAUGGUUUAAGAUCAUUUACCUUCUCCUCGAGAGGCUAUGAAAUACCGCAGUAUGUAUCUAUACGAAGGACCUGCAGAUGAUGAAGCAUGUACAGCUAUGAAAGAAUGCAAUUCAGAGGGUCCAUUGAUGGUCUAUAUUUCUAAGAUGGUACCUACCUCUGAUCUUAGUAGAUUCUAUGCAUUCGGUAGAGUUUUCAGUGGUACAAUUACUCAAGGAAUGAAAGUAAGAGUUUAAGGUCCUGACUAUAAACCUGGAACUAAAGAAGGUCUUUUUAUAAAAACAAUUUAAAGAACAUUUUUGAUGAUGGGUAAGCAGCAAGAAGCUAUAGAAUCAGUACCUGCUGGUGGUACUGUAUUAAUUUUAGGUAUUGAUAGUGCACUCACAAAGACAGGCACUCUCACUACUUCUGAAUCAGCUCAUAAUAUUAGAAAUAUGAAAUAUACGAUCUCUCCUAUUUUAAGAGUUGCAGUAAGUACUCCUAAUUAGCAAGAUCUUCCUCGUUUGCUAGAGGGUCUCAAAAUGUUGCAAUAAUACGAUUAGCUUGUUUAAGUAGAAAUAGAUGAAAACACAGGAUCCUAUGUAGUUGCAGGAGGAGGUGAACUUCAUGUUUAGAUUUGCUUGGAAAAACUUAAUGAUUUUACACAUAAUUCUAUCAAAAUAGUUGCUUCUCAACCAACUGUUUCAUAUAGAGAAACAAUUAGCGAAAAGAGCUCUUAAACAUGUCUAGCUAAAACAGCAAAUAAACUAAAUCGUUUAUAUGGUACUUGCGACCCAUUAGAUGAGGCAUUAGGAUCUGCUAUAUCAGAUAACAAAAUUAAUAUUCAAGAGGUAAAUAGUUAAGAAACAAUAAAUACAUUGGUGAAUACUUAUAACUGGGAGAGAGAGGAUGCAAAAAAAAUAUGGUGUUUUGGUCCCUUAGAAAAAGAGUCUACAAACUGCAUUGUUAAUCUUACAGUAGGUAUUCAGGGAAUGCCUGCAAUAUAACCUUCAAUAAUUACAGCAUUUGAAUGGUGUACAAAGGAAGGUCUCUUGUGUGAUGAACCUCUAAGAAAUACCCGUUUUAAUAUUACUGAUGCUGUCAUACAUAUAGAUCCUGCCCACCAUCGUAGUAAUCAGAUAACUCCAGCUGCUAGAAGACUCUUUAAAGCGUGCUAAUAUGUGAGUGAACCUAAAAUUUUAGAGCCUUUUUAUUAAUGUGACAUAAGAAUACCUGAUGAUAGUAAAGGCCCAAUCUAUGCAGUUCUAAACAAAAGAAGAGGUAUAGUUGUUGGUGAAGAAUAUGAAGAAGCUCUUUCGAUGAUUCAAGCUCAUAUUCCUGUUUCAGAAAGCUUUGGUCUUGAUCAAGCUCUCAAAUCAGCAACUUAAGGUAAGGCUAUACCUGCCCUUUCAUUCAGUCAUUGGCAGGUAGUACAAGGAAAUCCUUUAGAUCCUGAAACCAAAUCAGGUAAAAUAGUCACUGAAAUAAGAACAAGAAAAGGUUUGACUGCUAAAAUACCUGAAUUAAAUAAUUAUUUAGAUAAGCUUUGA